CCUCAGUCACCAGUCCUGGAGGAUCUUAGCACUAUGGAGGUAUAGGGCCCAGACUAGCCUCUUCUAUGCUGGGGACGCUUUAUCCUUACUCAGCCUCUGGCCUUGCCUUCAUAUCAAUGUCACUUCUCAGCCUUCUUAUACCUCAUGGGGUCGUGUCCCUUCUUGGCUCUGAUUCCCCCAAACCUCUACUAGUCUUUGGUCCUGUCCAGUGUCUCUGACCUACCUUGGGCCCAGGGAUACCUUCCCCAUGUCAAAGCAUAGGAAAGAAGUGCUGGUGUGUUUGAGGCGACUCAGGAACUGAGGUGGACAGCAGAAGACAGGCUCAGGUCACCCCUCCCACCAUGCUAACAGGCUCGCUUGAGCCCUGGACGCUCUGAGUCAGCAGCAGGCCGCAUCCUAGGGCUUAGGAAACUGAAGUGACAGAUGGGGUUACAGUUGCGAGCUGUCAUGUGGGUGCCGGAAAUUGAACUAGCGUUCUCCGUAAGAGCAGUAGAUGCUCUUCACCACCGAGCCGCCUCUCUGGUCCCUGGGAUUAGACCUCUUAGCAGAAGUCAGGAAAAGGUCAGACUUCAAAGUGCAGCCUCUGGAUGUGCCCCACCUUCACACCAGCAAGAAGACAAAAUUCCUUUUCUUUUUCUUUUUGAUUUUUCGGGACAGGGUUUCUCUGUGUAGCCCUGGCUGUCCGGGAACUCACUCUGUAGACCAGGCUGGCCUCGAACUGAGAGACUCAUGUGCCUUUGCCUCCUGGGUUCUAGGAUCAAAGGUGUGCACCACUGCGGCCUAGCAGAAGACAAAAUUCUUAGGUCAAGCUGUCAUUCGCCUGGGACCAUCUGUUUAUUACAAUUAUUCCCAAUUCAAAGAUUGGCAUGUUGACAUGUCAGGAGUUUAGGUAUUGUUCCAGAGGACGACAGCACCCUCAAAGCCUCCCUGCUGCUAAGCAUAGAGACAUAGGGAGAGGAUGUGUGUAAAUCUCACCUAUGCCUCUGCCUCAGUACCCCUCCACACACACAGAGGUGGAGACAUUGCCAGCCAUCGUAGUCCCAGAGCCUGUCUGCUACCCCAUACAUUGUACUGCCUGCUGGUCCGAGUACAGGAACUCCUGAUCACUCAGGGGCUGCUUGGGCUGGCGAGUCCAUUUUGCUAACAUUGCGUCUCAUGACAAACAAGCCAAACCUCGGCCACGGAAACAGUUGCUCUGGCCACUGCGAGGCGACAGCUGGGGAAAGCAGAGCUGAAUUCCAGGUUGGCUUGGGUCCUGUGAGACUGCACACAGCGUGGUGCCCUGCUGUUUUCUGACUCCUUAGCCACAGUUGAGGCCAGGCCCCAGAAGGAGGACCGAUCAACCUCUGGGAGACGCUCGAAACUGCCCCUAGUGAUGUGCCCUCGGCCCCUUGGCUCAAAGACACCACCCAGGUUUGGGCUGGAGGCCUUCAGCUUCUCAGGAUCCCAUUGAGUCUGGAGAAGACCUCAGCGUUCUGCAAGGCCUGGGUAUCCCGGGAUUACCUUUGAUGUUUUUUUUUUUUCUUUCUGGUUCAUGAUGAAACAGAAAGACAUGUUUGGGAUGGGAGGUGGUGGGGCAGGUUUUAAAACUCUGCUCUUAGGAUGCAGAAGCAGGCAGACCUCCAUGAGUUUUAGGCUAGCCUGUUCUUCAAAGUGAAUUCCAGGAUAGCCAGGGCUAUACAGGGAGACCCCCAUCUUGAAAAGAAAUAAGGAAGAAAGGAAGAAAUGAAGGAAGGAAGGAAGGAAGGAAGAAAGGAAGGAAGAAUGAAAGAGGCAAAGAGAAAGAGAAAGACAUGCACUGUGUAUUCAGGUACAGUCUCCAUGCUUGUCACCUUCAGUGCUGUCAUAGCCUGACCUCCUUGAGGCCAGCCAUGCCUCCCUGUACCCUUUCUAGUUCACUUCUGGUAAUGCUAUUCAGGGUAUCAAGCCCUGGUCAGUGCCCUAAACAGGUAGGUGCUGCUUCACCUAUGUGACUCCUACAGCCUCCAGCAGGCUCAGGAGACAGCUUACAUCCCUGGUAUUGUGUGUGCAUGCUGUGUGCAUGCCGUGUGCACGCCAUGUGCAUGCAAGGGUGCGUGCACAUGUAGCUGAGGCUCGGGCCAGAUAACUUGCUUUAUCGCUCUGUACCUUAUUUUUGAAAUAGGUAUUAUUGUGUGUAUAUGUGAAUAUAUGUGUGUAUGCGGUUGUGUAUGUGUGAAUAUAUGUGUGUAUGCGGUUGUGUAUGUGUGAAUAUAUGUGUGUAUGCGGUUGUAUGUAUGUGUGUGUGUGCACACAUGUGUGCGCACACUCUUGGAGACAAGAAGUGGGUGUCAGAUUCCUUGGAGCUGGACUUAAAGGCAGUUGUGAGCUGCCUGACUUGGGUGCUGAGAACUGAACUCAGAUCCUCAGAAAGAGCAGGAAGUGUUUUAACUGCUGAGCCAUCUCUCCAUCUUUUCUUUUUUCUUAAAUAUUUAUUGAUAUCAAAAUUCCUUUCUUCUUCCAUUUUUAUGUCAAAAUUAACAUAUUUCUCACAGUUUACUUUUGGGAGUGGGGGCUGAGACAGGGUUUCCCUGAGCAACCCUGGGUGUCUUGGAACUCACUCUGUAGACCAGGCUGAGCUCAGAGAUCCACCUGCCUCUGCCUGCUGAGUGCUGGGAUUAAAUGUGUGUGCCGCCAUCACCACUGCCUGGCUUCACCUUAUUCUUUGAGACAAGAUCUCUCACAGGACUGGGACUGGAGCUCCUUGUUUCAGCAGACUGGUUGGUUAGCAAGAUCCUGGGAAUUCCCCUGUGUGACUCCCUCAAUGCGGGGGUGAGGAGUGGUUAUGGAUACUUUCUGUCAUGCUUGGCUUCUACGUGAGUGCUCCUCUUCAUGAGGAUGUAUGAAACCCUAUCGCUGGAUGCCCUACCAAUAUUAGAUUAAGCCUGAGAAGGAGGUGCUGGACAUGGGCCAAGCCAGCCAGAAGGCACUGACCACUAACUGUUCCCACCUUGAUCCCAGAAGCAGCCAUAUCUGGGCUGAGAGCCUGAGGAAAUUGUCCUUUGUCUUACUCUCCUUUGGAAGUCUCCAGCUCCUUGGAACCUGGUUUUUGUCCUAAUGUUUCAGGACCCCAGGGUAUAGAGUCCCCCCUCUCGCUCCCCGUGCCACUUGCCUAUGGAAGACAGCACCUGAGUUCCAUCACUGUUCAUGACUCCUCUACCCAGCACUGACUCGGUCUCCUGACCCAGCAUGACUGUCCUCUGAUGCAGGUGAAUGAUGUGUGUCUGGCUUCUGGAUUUUGGGGCAAGAGGAAGCAGCUAUGGGUCUCAGGGACCCAGAGGUCAUCAUGGAACUGAACAUUCAGAUGUAAGCUGCCAAGGUCUAGAGAGGGUGUAUGGUCUGCCAAAGGCCACACAGCUUACAGGUGGAUGAAAGGAAGCUGGACUCCCAAGUUAUGGCCAGAAGUCAAAGUGGUUGCUCCCAGGAAAGGCAGAGCCUAAGGUGAGAGCAGGAGGCCCACCCGGACUCCUGGUUCCAGGCCUGGGGACAGACAGCUGGUGUUUUGGAGCCUGGGAGACGGCCAAGCUGGCCCCAGACACUGGCCUGGGGCCUGAGUGGGUGUGGAAUGGAGGCCACAGCCAGCCACACCUGUCCUGCCUGGGGCCUUGGGCUGGGGUUUCUCAUCUGCUUCUCCUGUCACCUGGGGCAAGGGUGCAGGGAAGUGGGCACCCAGCUAGCCGUGAGUCAUCCAUCCAUCCAUCUGUCCAUCCCUCCACUAGCCUGACAAACAGGCAAAACCAGUGGGAAGGAUCUCGGUUUAGAGCAUCUCUGGGGCUGAGCAGCUCUUUCCUCUGUGGAGACAGAGAAGCUCCCUCAGGGCAGGUCCUCCCUCCUCCAGCCAGGCACCUGCAUCAUGGGAAAUGGGAAAGGCGCUGAGCCAGAGGGGAGGCCCCCACAUCUUAAUUUACCCAGGCCUGGUGGCCUACAGCCUGAAACCCCAGACUGGCAUACAUAGGAAGAUGGUUUUUGGUUUGGUUUGGCUUUUAGUUUGUAAGGGUUUAUUUAUUUUAUUCUGUGUAUAUAAGUGCGUUGUCCACAUGUAUAUGUGGCACCCUGCAGGUUCUGGGGACUGACUGAACAGCAGCAAGUGCUUUUUCUAACCACUCAGCCCAUCUCUAGCUCUACAAAGAGAAUUCAAGGCCAACUUGGGCUACAUUAAAUCUGAGGAUAGCCAGGGCUACAUAGUGAGACCCUAACACAAACAACCAAGAUAUAAGGCAAAAAAACAAACAAACAAACAAACAAACAAAAAAAAAACCAAAAAACAAUGUGGCAACCUUGCAGUCUGUUUCCCCUGCCCUGGGCUGUGGGCGGCAGGUAUCAUCACUCAUAAAUGCCUACCACUCUGUGUUUUACCUGCCCUGUGCGCAUAACCGGAGACGCAGGUGCUAUUCUGUCCCCAGCUGACAGAUAAAGAAACUGAGGCACAGUAGCGGGGUCACCAGCGCAGGUCCUGAAGCUGUCUGUGGGGGAGACAGCACAGACUUGUGCGUACGUCCCUGCUCUACUCCCGAGGGUUGCAUCUUCACGAACCAGAAGGGUUGGGGAAGGAAACAGCAAGGGUCAGGCUAGGGUGCAGCUCAUGCCUAGUGAGUCCAGAACCCCAGUCCCGCCCCAGUCCCACCCUAGUCCCGCCCCAGUCCCACCCCAAAUUGCAAAGGACAAAAAGUAAUAAUAAAACAGAAUCUGGAUGGACAAAGGGAGAGAGGUUUGGUGUCAACCAAAAGUUCAACAUGGCAUCAUCACAACUCAACAAAUGCCACUCCCAGGCAACCACUGGACCACUCUGGUCUCUGUGUUGUGCCUUAGACCCAAGAACUGAAAGAUGAAGAGAACUCGGAGGAGUGGAUAGCAGUGUGGUGGAUCCAGACAAGGGACUAGUCUCAGCCUUACAAAGAAAGGAGUCGUGCGUGACUGGAGAAACUGUUCGUGGGUUAGAAGUGCACACUGCUCUUGCAGGGGACCUGAGUUUGGGUUCCAGCUCUGCCACGUGGAGUAACUCCAGCUCCAGGGGAUCUGAUGUUAUCUUCCAGCUUCCACAGGCCCCUGCAUUUAUACUUACACACAGACACAUAUGCACACACAUGAUUUUUUAAAAAUAUUACCGGGGUUGGGGAUUUAGCUCAGUGGUAGAGCCCUUGCCUAGGAAGCGCAAGGCCCUGGGUUCGGUCCCCAGCUCCGAAAAAAAGAACCAAAAAAAAAAAAAAAAAAAAAAAGAAAAGAAAAGAAAAGAAAAAAGAAAAGAUAUUAAAAAUAUUACCAUAAAAACCUUUUUAAGGAAAGGAAUUCUGCUACCUGUUAACAUAUGGACCAAUCUUUGUGCUAAGUGAAAGAAAACAUGAAAAAAAGGAAUACCUCAUAAUCCUGUGAAAUGUUUCAACAGGCAAAUUCAUGGACACAGAAGAUACCAGGGCUGAGAUGCCACUGUCUGAGAGUAGCCGAGUUUCAAAUGAUGCUGUACAGCAGUGUGGAUAUCUGGUGCCAUGGACCAUGCCCUAAAAAGGGGUCCCAAUGGCUACUUUCAUGGUGUGUGUGUGUGUGAGAGAGAGAGACAGACAGACAGACAGAUAUACAGACAGACAGAGACAGAGAUAGAGAGACAGAGACAGAGAUAGAGAGACAGAGACAGAGAGACAGAGAGAGACAGAGAGACAGAGAGAAUUAAAAAGAAAGGGCCUGGUGCAGGGGUUAUAGCUCAGUUGGUAAAGUGCUUGCUUAGUAUAAGGCAGAUGUGAUGGUGCAUGCUUGUAACCCUAGAGUUUGAGUAGUGGAAGCAAGAAGAUUAGAAUUUCAAGGUCGGUCAUCCUCAGCUCUAUAGGGAGUUUGAGGCUAGCCUGGGGUAUAUGAGAUCCUGUUUCCAAAAGAAACAAAAGAGGUUUGGAGAGGCAUGGAGGUGCUGCCUGAGGCUUCUACCUGGGUUCCCUCUAAGGGAUGGGAGUCCAUCCUAGUUCCUCCUAGCUCACCCCCACAUUCAGCUCUACAUCAACAGGAGAUUCAAGGCAGCCCUGUCAACUCUGGUUUGUGGCCAGAGAGUGCGUGGCAAGCACAGUUUGCCAGUAGUGCAAACGGGUUAUGGGUCUUCUGACUUCUCACACAGUGUGCAUUGCUUGGGGGCAAUCGCUGCCACCCCAUGACAACUUCCAGGGCCACAGGAAGAGCUAUCCCUGGUCAUGAGGUAGCAUCUUUUCUCUGUACGGCCUACAUCUCAUUACUAUCUACUGACAAGGAAGUCUCUCUGAGGAGGGCUCCACUCUGUUUAUGCUGUGAGAGUUGCUUUCUACGAUUCUGCAACUUUCCAUGAUCCUGAAGGCUAGUCCUGGCUCAUGGCUGUGGGAGGCAUUACCCAGAGUGUGAGCUGGGAGUGCCUCCUCUGCCUCUGACCACUGUGUGAUGCUGAAACCAGUUACAGCCCUUCUGGGCUGCAAGCUGUUCAGAUGAGUAACUAUCUCCACACACAGACGCGAGACACACAGGCUCGAGGCAGCACUUGGAGACGCUGCUCUCCUCUCUGCCAGAUAUCCAUGCCUGUAUUUCUGCACCUGGAGGCACCGAACUUUUAUUGAUUCUUUUCAGACUUUGUUCUACAUCAAAGCACAGACCACUGAAGUAGCUAUUUCACAGCUGUGCUGCCUCAAGGUAGAUUGCUUAACGUCUCUGAGUCUCGUUUAAGAAUUAAAACAAAACAGAACUAUUCUAUUUUGCAUAUAUGUAUGUGUGCACACUCAUGCUCACACAGGUGCCCAUGAAGGCCAAAAAAGGAUGUCAGGUCCCCUGGAGCUGGAGUUAUAGGGGAUUGUGAAUUGCCUGACAUGAGUUCUGAGAACUGAACUCUGGUCCUCUGCAAGAGUAGCAAGCACUCUUAACUGCUGAACUUUCUCUCCAGCCCAGUAGUUCUCAACCUGUGGGUCUCAAACCCCUUUGGCAAACUUGUAUCCAAAAAUGUUUACAUUACAAUUCAUAACAGUAGCAAAAUUACUGAAGUAGCAACAACAUAAUUUAAUGGUUUUAGUGGCCACAACAAGGGUCACAUCAGGAAGGUAGUGAAACGGCUUCCUGUUCUAGUCCCUCACUUUGGGAUAUUGAGAUGAGGUCACGCUGGGUUGGAGUGGUCCCUAAAUCCAAUGGGACGUGUUAUAACAAGACCAGAGAUGAGAGAAGGCUCACAUUAGGAAAGAAAGGCUGGAUAAAGGCCUAGGCUACAGUAAUGCUGACUGAACCCAGUGGACUCCAGACUCACAGCCCCAGUUGCUGGGUAGGUGAGAAGAGCGUGUCUUUCCAGAGCUCCCCAGGGGCCAGUGUCAUAGCAUCCUGACGCUGGACUGCUGCUGCUCCUUGCUUGUUGGAGGACAAAUGAUGUUCAAGCCGCCCAGACUGCUGUCAGGUGUUACAGCUGAGGGGCCACACAUAGUCCCUAUUCUCAGCACUGUGCUCUCUGAGUGGGUUGGACUCUUGCCUGAUGUUCCCCAGCUUUCCCUCCAGAGCUCAUGGCCAUCACUGCUCACCCUGCAGUGGCAUCAGGUAUACCCUUGAAGCCUUAUCGGAUGGACUUCCUACCUUCUGGAAGAUCCUGAGCCACUGUGAGAAGCUGGGUUGUCUCCAACCUAUCAGAGUCUAUUUGUGACCCCAUUUGGGUUUUAUCCUGCUUCCUGUCUCCUAUUACACUAUUAGCACUUAAGGCCUUACGGUUGAGCUCUGAGAGUAUAAUGAGAGCUGCUGGCCACUCUAACACUUGUUGGUCAUUACUGUAAUCUGUCCCUCUGGAGAUCAAACCUUCAUAGGACCCUGUCUCUCCAAGAGAGCAAGGUACGAGGCCAGGUAGGGUGUUUACUGCUAUAGCCCUGUGAUUGGGCAUUGGGUGCCUGGCCCUUCUGGGAGUCUCAGUUUCCUCCGGGGCUAAGUUGGGCUGUCUUCAAUUUAGUCCAUCCACAGAGUCACUCAAGUCUUAUGGAUGGAUGGAUGGAUGGAGAGGCCUGGGAGACUUUGAAGCCUGUCUUGCUGCUACUGUGAUGGGUGUGCAGACAUUUUCCCCAAGGGUAAAGAUCCCAGCACUGCCAUUCCUGGGUUGGAUAGAGAAAAGACAGGGAGGCUCUUGGGUCACUGCAAACUGGACACACCUCUGCUGACCGAGUUUUAGCUGUGGUGCAAUCCCUGGCUUCCUCUUGACCCUCUAAGGCCCAGAGUCCUGACUUGUCUACCCCACCACAGAGAGAGGAAGAGCCUAGCUCCUUGUCCUGACCACCCUUGCCCAGGCAGAAAGCAGGCCAGAUGCAGAGCCCAGCCGGAGCGUGCAGCCCGUUUAUCCGGUAGCUUUGCGGCUGAUCAGUUGCAGGUGAAUGGAUAGCACGUGGUUUGUGUUGUAACAAUAUUUUGGGACAAUUAGAUUGAAACCACAUUGUUGGCGGCCCUGCUGGCGGCUGGCCGCCACACUGCACUCUCUCUGCCCUUUGCGGCUCCUGGGCUGUGGAGCCACCCCCAACUCUCUGGGGCCCAGGUCUAGCCAGGCCACGGGGCAGCAGUGGGGGGAGGGAGGGCUCUCCUGCUGGAGAGGUACAACCUCCCCUACCCUGUUGGCCUCCUCAUGACCUCAGCCUUCAGUUGUUGCCCAGAAAACAGCUGCUGGAACUAUGUAUGGUAGGGCAAGCUGGUGAUGCCAAGACCCGGAAGGCUGAGGCAGGAGGAUUACUAUAAGUUUAAGGUCAGCCUGAUUACAUAUGAAGUUCCAGGUUAGGCAGGGCUAUAUAGUGAGCCCCUGGGAGUUGCUUGGGACACGUUGGAAGGGGCAACCUGGGGGCUUUAGUAUCCAACUCCCAACAUGGUCACAUCAGGUCUUCAUCUCUCCAGACCUCAGGGAAAGAACACAAAAAUCCAACCUGUCCAUUGUCCCUAUCCCACCACACCUUCUGAAAAGUGGGUCAGAGUCCUGGGGCAGAGAAGACCAGGUUUCUUUUCUUUUUUUUUUCUUUCUUCCUUUCUUUCUUUCUUUCUUUCUUUCUUUAAAGAUUUAUUUAUCUAUUUUAUGUAUAUGAGUACACUGUAGCUGUCUUCAGACACACCAGAAGAAGACAUCGGAUCCCAUCACAGAUGGUUGUGAGCCACCAUGUGGUUGCUGGGAUUUGAACUCAGGAUCUCUGGAAGAGCAGUCAGUGCUCUUAACCACUGAGCCAUCCCUCCACCCCCAGACCAGGUUUCUUGGAGGCUUUACCUGCUCACCUUCUUCACCCCCAGCACUGGGCAGAGGGGCUAGAGACCAUAGGGAGCCUCCUUUUCUGCCCAGUCCCUUUUCUACCCUGUCCCAAUAUGAGGAGGUAGGGCCUUGGAGUUACAGCCAACCAUUACCCAGGACAGGGGCCUGAGUAGGAACUAGGCCUGCCCUAGGCAGCAGGACCAGCGGUAACACCUGGACUGGGAUUGUCAGUUGAGGGUCCAAACCCAGGAACCACGAAGUCCACUUGGAUCUCUGGACCCAUGGAGGGGAGGUAAAGGGACUGAGGGAUGGAGAGGGACCAUGGCGGGAAGGGUGGCUGUGAGGGUAUAAGUGGUCAGGUCAUACUGUAACGAAGCACCCCAACCAGGAGAAUCCUGGGAGAGACCCUGGGUAGAGUGUAGGGCAUUUGACUCCCCCAACCCAUGACUCUGCUUGUCUUGGGAGAGCUCAGGCUGCAUCCUGAGCAUCCAGGCAGUUUGUGUGAUUUGGCUUUGGUGUCCGUGGCUUCCAAAGAAACUCAUGCUUCUCUUCUGGUUCUUUCUGGUAGGCUUCUUGGGGUCAUGAACAGUAGGGGGCUGUGGAUUUUCCUGGGGUUCUACCCGCUAUCCCCAACCUCAGUCUUGGCUUCUCCUCAAGGGUCUGCAGCUCUCUCUGCCCUGCUCAGAGUGCCUUGCUGUGUGACACAAGCUAGAGGACGCUGUCCCUAUCAUCAGGGAGUUGGUUGGGGCCUUGGCAGGCACAUGGACUGCCUCCCCUGCAGAGCUGGUAAAGAGCCCUUCCACUCAAAUCUAGGAGGAAGUGACAUAAGCAGACACAAUUGGAUUCCCAGUGGCAUGGACCAAGUCACCCUACACCCCCGAUGUCUCUAGGGCUCUCCGUGAAUGACGGUAACCCCUGCCAGGAACUUCCUCAUCCAGGAAGUAGAUACCUGUCUCCAGGGAUGGGGCUGUCCAUUCUCCAUCCCACAAGGUGGAUGAGUGUCUGUCACACUGCCUACAAGUGUACAGAUACCUUGAGUGUCCCUGGUGCCCAGCACUCUCCAGGAGAACAAGGAAGCAGCAGUGUAACCCAGCUCAGCUACAAAGCGCUCUCCUCAGAACAGGUCUCUGGCCCCGAUACUCAGGACUGACAACCAGCUUUCUUAGGAUGACUGUGGCUCUCCUCACACUCUCUGACGUACACAGAGGAUGCUUGGAGGCUUCUGGGUCAGAAGUAAACUCCGACUCCAUGACUAUGCAGAGCUGGAGCCACGCUGCACAGGUGGGAAGGAGAAAGGUCUUUUCAUGUUUGUAUGAAGAGCUUGAUCCAAACAAGGUGCCCAGACAAUCUUUCUGACUGACUGCUUCCUGGUCUGGCUGUCAAUCACAGUAUCCUAGCCCACCGGCCCAAUGCGACCAAUCAGAGUGGACUAUGCUUGAUUCCUGAGCCAAUUAGCCUUCCCUUCAGAGAUUGGGAUGGCCAGCGCCAGCAGAGGGCACCAUUUGCGGGUGGGUCCGUUAGUUUU